AGAUCCAAAGUUUCAUUAGGUUGCCAGAUCCAAAUGUACAUCAAAGUCACCGUCGACAUACUAACCGGAGCCGGACGCCCAAACCUCAUUUUACAUUUCUAGCUUUUCCUUUUUCUCUGAAGUUUGUGGGGGUUUCUUAUGUCUGAUUGCUUCAUUUCUCUGGAGCUAGAGGGAGACUAUGCAUAAAGAUAAAGGGGAUCAUCAUCAUCAUCUGCGAGGUGUAGUUAGAUCACAUUCUGAACCGGCUUUGAAAGACAAAUCUUCAUACACUCCCUCCACGUCAUUUGCUGCAAUUGGCCAUUACAAUGACAACAAUCUAUUCUUUGAAGAGGAGGAAUCUGAAACAAGUUGCGAAGAUUCAGACGUUAGACGUUUUGAUGAAGAAGAAGAUUCAUCUUGGAUAUCAUGGUUCUGCAAUCAAAAAGGGAAUGAAUUCUUCUGUGAAGUUGACGACGACUAUAUCCUAGACGAUUUCAACCGCUCUGGUUUGAGAAAUCAAGUGCCAUUCUAUGAUUACGCAUUGGAUAUGAUUUUGGACGUUGAGUCUUCUGAUAUCGAUGGUACCUUACAUGAUCAUGAGCAGAAUAACUUGAUCGAAUCCGCGGCAGAGAUGCUCUACGGUUUGAUUCAUGCCAGAUACAUAACAACUACUAAAGGAAUUUCUGCAAUGUUGGAGAAGUACAGGAACUAUGAUUUUGGCAGAUGUCCAAGAGUUAACUGCAACAAACAAAGAUGUCUACCUGUAGGUGAGUCUGACAUUCCAAGAUUGACUACCGUCAAAAUCUACUGUCCCAGGUGUGAAGAUAUCUACUCUCCACAAUCCAGACACCAAGAACAAAUCGAUGGGGCAUAUUUUGGAACCACGUUUCCUCACCUGUUUUUCUUGACUUAUGGGCAUCUUAAGCCAGAGAAGACAAGUCAGAACUAUGCUCCAAGAAUAUUUGGCUUCAAAGUCCACAAGAAAUAGACAGGGGAGGGCACUUCGCAUUCUUUGUACUGAGUAGUUCAGGAAGGCUUUUUAACUUGUUUAGGCUGUGCAAUUGCUGGUACGCAAUUAUAUAUGCUUCAACUUGAUUCUUUCAACAUAAACACGGAACAGAAAUCCUUAUUGCAGUUACAUGUAGAAAAUGC